AUGUUCAACGGAGGCUUCAGCACCAGCCUCUUGGCCGCCUCGGCAUUGUUUCUGCCCGGUAUCUGCUCCGCGGCCGCACUCGAGGCCCCGGAGCCGAUGGCGAUUCGUGCAACCGCCACGAACCGUACCGGCAUUGCUCCUUGCGAUGCCUUGAUUACGGCUGGCUUGGGAGACCGCUUGGUCUUUGCCACGGACGAGGGCUACGAGACACGCAUUGCAACGUAUUGGUCCGUCAGUGCCCGUCUUCGGCCGUGGUGUCUCGUCCAGCCCCGGGACACGCAGGAGGUCUCUGCCGCACUGACUGCCUUGGUGGACGCUGGCUCAGGUGCUGGCGAUUGGCAUAUCGCCGUUCGUGGUGGUGGACAUAACCACUGGGCUGGCACGAACAACAUUGCCAACGGUGUCACCAUCGACCUAGCUUUCUUCAACCAGUCGUCUUACGAUGCUGCGACGAACCUGGCCUCCAUCGGCCCAGGCGACCACUGGAAGGAUGUCUACGCCAACCUCCUGAAGUACAACGUGACCGUCACUGGAGGCCGUGAUGGCGGCGUCGGUGUGGGUGGCUUCCUCCUUGGAGGUGGUAACUCAUACUUCACUGGUCGUAUGGGUUUCGGAUGCGACUCGGUAAUCAACUACGAGGUCGUCCUUGCGGAUGGAAGCAUAGUCAACGCUAACAACAGCACUAACUCGGACUUAUUCAAAGCUCUGAAGGGCGGCAGCAGCAACUUCGGCAUUGUCACUCGGUUCGACAUGGAGGCGAUUCCGGCGAAGGACCUCUACACUGGUAUCCAUCUCAUGACCAAGGACAACUCUGACGCUGUUGUCGAUGCUAUUGUCGAUUUCACCAACAAGGGCGAGGCAUCCGCUGAUGAUGCUGCGGUUUUCGUCUACACCCACAACACCGCGAUGGGCGACGACAUCCUGAUCGCUGCGUCCCGCGUCAACACUCAGGGCAACAGCAAUACCACCGGCUUUGCGAAGAUCAAUCAGAUUCCCGCGAUCAGCAGCGACAUGACCCGCCGCAGCAUGGCUGACCUCGCGUUGAACUCUCAGAUCCCUGCGGGCUCUCGGAGCGUCUGGUUCACUUUGACCUUCAAGAACGACGCAUCCAUCCUCAAGGAAGCCGUCGAUGCUCACCAAGUCUUUGUCGACACCAUGAAGGCUGCCGUCGGCGCGGAUGAGUUUACCACCCAGAUGGUCUUCCAACCCCUCCCAACCUACUUCGCCAAGAUUGGCAGCGAGCGUGGCGAAAACGUCCUUGGUCUUGACGGUGAGACUGACAACGCCAUUCUCUGGCUCGGCCUCGUGACUAUCAACACUGAGGCCCAGGAAGCCGUUGCUCGGGCCCAUAUGGCUGCAGCAGCUGUAAGAAUCGAGGACUUUGCUUUCUCCGUUGAUGGCAACGUGAACUGGCGCUACCUCAACUAUGCCGAUCCUAGCCAGGACCCUAUCAAGACCUAUGGCGACGCGAACAUCAACUUCAUUCGCAGUGUUGCAUCCCAAUAUGACCCCGAGGGCGUUUUCCAGAAGAGAAUUCCCGGAGGUUUCAAGAUCUCUAGGGUGAACUGA